AUGGAGGGCUUGGAAGAAUGGAACACGACACAUUACAGUGGCAAGGAAGGUUCAAAUGAGCUCUUGUUCCCUAAGCUUGAGGAGUUGAGGAUAGAGCAAUGUGGCAAGCUGAGGAUAAAACCGUGUCUGCCUGGGGAGAGCGCUAAGUAUUUGUGCAUGCGAGGUUGUGAUACUAUGCUAUCAUCAUGGGGGGAGCGCUCGUCACACUGCAGUACUUCCUCCUCUUCUCCGUUAACUGAGCUGGAAGUUGCUGAAAGCAAGGUGCCCAUGCAUCAGUGGAGGUUGCUUCACCACCUCCCUGCCCUUCGUAAAUUAACUAUCACUGAUUGCAGUGAUCUGACCACCUCACCUGAGAUCAUCCACAGCCUCUCUUCCCUUAGAGCGUUGUGCUUUGUAUUAUUGUCGCAGGCAGGACUGCCGAGAGGGUUGGUUGAACUGACAUCUCUGCAGGAACUAACUCUGUAUCGGUGUGCAACCAUAUCAGUAGUACCAGAGUGGUUAGGGGAAUUAACCUCUCUCAAGCGUUUUGUGAUAGGGCGCUGCCAGGGGAUCAGGUCUUUGCCUGACAGCAUACAAGCGACGAAGCUUGAAUAUUUACAAAUUGACGACGAAUGCCCUACAUUGGUGAAGUGGUGUAAAUCAGAGAAGAACAAGAUGAAGCUCGCUCACAUCAAAAAAGUGGUCUUCAAUUUGGGAGAAAGGUCGGAUGACUAA